GCGAUAGAAAACGUAUGUAGUGUGCGUUCGGUGGUCUCGGUGUUCACGUGCGCCUCGUCGUCGUCGUCUUCAUCGUUUCCGUUUCUCCAUUCCUCACUAUCUCUCUUUCUCUCUUUCUUUGAUAUAUUUAACAACUCUAUCUCUGUCUCUAUAUAUAUAUAUAUAUUUAUAUUUAAUAUCUCUUCCUCUCUCUCUCUCUCUCUCUGCUCUUCUCUCCAGACUCCAAUCUGUACAAAACGCGUCACAUUAUAUACUUGCACACACACAUUUGGCCGCCACAUGCCACGGCAGUGGUGACCCUUUGAAAUCACACAUACGCACUCGCACUAGCUCACAAACCCGCGUGCAAUACACUGCCACUGUCGGCGAGCUGCAGCAGGACGUUUUAAAGGAACCGUUUUUGUUUUCACCCCGUCAGCGUUUUCGAAAAAUAAUGUGGUUUUUGUGACGACGUCCUUGUACACAUACGUUAGCGCAUCCGAUUUUCCGGAAAUGAAGCUGAUGUCGAUGUCGCCGCUUUCGCUGCUUCUGACCGCGGUCGUAGCCACCGCUGUGGUCACCGCUGUGCCCGACGUGACCAUCCCCGUCGAACCUAUCUACAAUACGGGUGGCAAUCAAUGUUAUGACGAAUACAACAAACCUCAGAGAUGUAUACCGGGCUUCGAAAAUGCCGCGUUCGGAUUAGAAGUAGAAGCAACCAACACGUGUGGCCAGUCCGGUCCAACUGAAUUUUGUGUGCAGUCAGGCAGUCAAGUGACUAAGAAGACAUGUGACGUGUGCACAGAAUCAUCACACUCGCCUUACUACAUGACAGAUUUCAGCAGUUACGCGAAUCGAACGUGGUGGCAGUCGGAAACCAUGUACGAGAACGUUCAAUACCCAAACCAGGUCAACUUGACCCUGCAUUUUGGUAAAGCAUUCGAUAUCACGUACAUUCGACUUCUGUUUUACUCACCGAGGCCCGAGAGUUUUGCUAUUUAUAAAAAAAGUACAGAAGAUGGACCGUGGAUACCGUAUCAGUUCUAUAGUGGGAGUUGUAGAGACACCUACGGAUUGCCAGACUUGAAUUACAUCCGUCUUGGUGAACAAGAGACCAGAGCGUUCUGUACUUCCGAGUUUUCAGAUAUUUCACCAUUGACGGGAGGAAGUGUACCAUUUUCUACACUAGAAGGUAGACCAUCGGCUAAAUAUUAUGAUUCGAAAUCGGAAUUUUGGGAUUGGGUAACCGCAACAGAUGUUCGUAUUACGUUAGACCGUUUAAAUACAUUUGGUGACGAAGUAUUUGGUGAUCCUCAAGUAUUAAAGUCAUAUUUCUACGCUAUUGCUGAUUUUGCUGUUGGAGCCAGAUGUAAGUGUAAUGGACACGCCAGUGAAUGUGUAAAAAGUACAUCCAUCAAUGGCACAUCCAGAAGAGUAUGUCGGUGCGAACACAAUACGGCGGGACCCGACUGCAACGAGUGUUUGCCAUUCUUUAAUGAUGCGCCGUGGAGCAGAGCGACUGCAUUAAAUGCACACGAGUGUAAAGAAUGCAAUUGCAACGAGUUUUCUCACCGGUGCUUCUUCGACAAAGAGUUGUACGAUCGGACCGGACAUGGAGGACAUUGUCUAGACUGUGCAGGAAAUCGGGACGGAGCGAACUGCGAGCGGUGCAAGGAGAACUAUUACCAGAGGAAGGGUGACACGCAUUGUUCACCAUGCGAAUGUAAUGAAGUCGGGUCGUGGAGUUUGCAGUGUAACGCCGAAGGCAAGUGCCAAUGUCGUGCGGGCGUGGCAGGCGACAAAUGCGAUCGGUGCGCAGAAAACCAUUUCGAUUUUGGGCCGACAGGAUGUAAACCGUGUGGAUGUACCGUGGCUGGUAGUUUGGAUAACGAGCCAAGGUGUGAAGCUGAAAACGGAAAUUGCAUAUGCAAAGAGAACGUCGAAGGAAUUCAAUGCAACAAAUGUAAACCGGGUUUUUUCAACUUGGACGAGGACAAUUUAUUCGGUUGUACGCCUUGUUUCUGCUAUGGGCAUUCUUCGGUGUGCCAGUCCGCUUCGGGUUAUUCGAGAGUGUCCAUCGAGAGCACAUUUGUUCGGGGCAACGAGCGUUGGAAUGGGUCCGACAUUUACGGUAGAACGGUGUUACCGGUUCACAGUCCUUUCAAACAAUCGUUGGAGAUUUCUUCACCAUCAAAAGAUGCCGUUUACUUAUUGGCACCGGACAAGUUCCUCGGAGACCAGCGUUCCAGUUACAAUCAUGACUUGACUUUCAAACUGAGCAUCGGUGAAAACAGUCCCGACCCAACUAUCAACGACAUCAUUUUAGAAGGCGGUGCCGGUCUUCGGAUCACUCAAGCAAUAUUUGGACAAGGAAACACAUUGCCCUCUGAUACGCCCAAAAUGUACAAAUUCCGCCUUCACGAGAACCCGGACUAUGGCUGGCAACCCAGGUUGUCUCCGCGCGAUUUCUUCGGCGUCUUAUCAAAUCUGACAGCCAUCAAAAUACGUGGAACAUAUUCUGACAGAGGUGUCGGAUUCUUGGACGACGUUUCACUUCAGACGGCCCGGCGCGGCGCUCCAGGAUUGCCGGCCAACUGGGUCGAGAUGUGCACUUGUCCCGAAGGAUACAUCGGACAAUUCUGCGAAUCGUGCGCACCUGGUUCUCGACACGAACCUACAAGUGGUGGUCCUUUCUCACCGUGUGUCCCGUGUAAUUGUCAUGGUCAUGCCUCCAUUUGCGAUGCGGAUACAGGUCGGUGCAUUUGUCAGCAUAAUACAGCGGGGGAGAAUUGUGACAGGUGCGCGAAAGGAUACUACGGUAACGCUUUGCAGGGCACCGCACUCGACUGUAAACUGUGUCCGUGCCCCAAUCAGGGUAGUUGCGUUUUGAUAGGAGAAGAUACAGUCAUUUGCUUGGAAUGUCCCAAAGGAUACGGAGGCCCCAGAUGUGACAUUUGCAGUGAUGGUUAUUUCGGCGACCCGACCGGAAAGAACGGACCGAUCAGUAUUUGCAAAUCGUGCGACUGCAAUUCAAAUGUGGAUCCAAACGGAAUCGGUAAUUGUAAUCGAACAACCGGAGAAUGUCUAAAGUGCAUCUACAAUACAGGCGGAGCUCAGUGCGACCAAUGUUUACCGGGAUACUUUGGGGACGCUCUUGCUCCCGAAAAAGGCGAUUGCAAACCUUGUGACUGUUAUCAUCUCGGCACUACUGAGACAGGAUUUGGACCUUUGGCGUGUGAUCAGUUGACUGGACAAUGUCAGUGUAAACCACACGUGAUUGGAGUAAACUGUGACCAAUGUGAACCUGGUCACUUCAACAUAGCCAGCGGAGACGGCUGUCAAUCGUGCGAAUGCGAUGCAGUGGGUUCCGUCAACAAUACUUGUGAUUCAAACACCGGUCAAUGUAUAUGUCGGCCGGGCGUAACCGGCAAGAAAUGUGACGCGUGCGAACCUUUCCACUAUGGAUUUUCAGUCGAAGGGUGUAAAUCAUGCGCUUGUGAUUCCAUCGGUUCGGUAUCUUUGCAGUGCGAUGCAAAUGGACAGUGUCCCUGCUUGGAAAAUGUGGAAGGAAGACGUUGUGAUCAGUGUAAAGAAAACAAAUACGAUCGGCAAAGAGGUUGUGUGGACUGUCCAGCCUGUUAUAAUUUGGUUCAAGAUGCCGUUUCUUCACACCGCGAAAACUUAAAAAAACUCGAAGACGUGUUAAAAAAUAUUAAUAAUAAUCCUACUGUGAUAAUUGAUGAAGAUUUCGAACAAAAACUGAAAGAAGUACAGUCGCAUGUGGACGAAUUGGAACAAAACGCCAAACUCGCUACUGGUGGCAACAUACCAACGAGUGACAAAUUGAUUUCUCUUCAAAGCCAAAUUAUGGAAAUUCAAGAUCUAAUGGCCCAAACUAGCAACUGGACUACUUUAGCUGAAGAAAAAUCUCUACAGGCUGAAAAUAACAUCAUGAAUAUUGAAAAAAUGAAUGAUAAGUCUGCAAACACAUUGAAAAGAGCAUUAGAAUAUAUUGAAACCGAAGGAGCCACGUCGCUUCUUAAGGCAAUAUCGAAAAGUAAUGAACUCGGACAACAGAGCGAUCAAAUGUCUGAGAUUGCUAGGGAAGCGAGAACAUUUUUAAUGCUAAAAGAACAAGAAAUUGAAAAAAUGAAAGUUACUGCAGCGCAAGCUGUGAAAAUAUCAUCUGAAGCAUUUAACAUAACCAGAGACGCUAUAAAUCAACAGAAAAACAUCAGUGAUGAACUAAAAUCCUUGGAUACGGAAGUUAAUUAUGUAAAGGAUAAAUUGAAUACUAUCAUUACCCAAGCAAAUGAAGCACAAGAAUUGGUGACUAUGGUUAACAAUGAUUCAUUAUCAAUAUAUCGAGAUAUUUACGCAAUAAAUUUACCAGAUGUCAACAUCACUGUUAUGAAGCAAAAUAUUUCUAAUUUAAACGCAGAGGUUGAAAGUAUCAAGAAUGAUUUAAAAAUGCAAGGAACUGACGUAAACAUAAUGAAUCUUAUAAAGGAAGUAGCCGAAGAGUUACAACAAUCUGAGAUUACAUUAGCUCAAGGCGAGAAGCAGCAAAGAACCAGGGAAAACUAUUUGGCACAAGCAAAUGCUUCUUAUGAAAAAGCAGAUGAAGCGGUUAAAUUAGGUGUUAGAAUUUUAGAAGAAGCUCAACAAACACUAAGCACAUUGCAAGCAUUUGACAAACAGGUGCAAGAUAGUAAGAAAAAUGCAACAGAGGCCUUAGAACAGGUUCCAGAAAUCAAACAGUUGAUAGAAGAGGCCAAUGAUAAUACUAUUCGUGCCCAAGAAGCAUUAUCUGGGGCCGAAUCGGGUGCCUUAGCUGCUAGAGACACUGCUAAAAAUGCACAAACAACAUACGCUGAUCAAGCAUUAGAGGAUUCGAAUAAAACAAAAAAAGCUGCCGAAGAAUUGGCAUCCGAGGUACACAAGUUAUACGACGAAAGUGUUGGCCAAAUAAAACGAGUAGAAAAUACUGCAGAACGCUUGAAAGAUGCAGAAACUCAAUUCGAACAAGAUCAAAAAAGUAUUGACGACGCAAAAACGAAAAUUGGCCAAGCAAAAACAUCAGCAUCUGAAUCUAAAAAAAUGGUAGACAAAGCAUUACAGGAUGUCGAACAGAUAUCAAAAGAAUUGUUAGAUUUGGCCGAUAGUGAUACUAACAAGUUGAGUUUACUUAACACUAGAUUGGAAAUGGCUGAACAAGAACUGUUGAACGCUGAGUUGGACAAAAAAAUAGCGGCUAUCAAUAGUGCUAAGAUUUCUCAAGCUCAGUUAAUCAACAAACUAAAAGAAGAUAUAAAAUCAUUAACUAACGACGUCAAAAAUAUCGAAGCGAUACGGUUGGCACUUCCGAGUGGAUGCUGGAAGAAAACGAAUAUAGAAGAAUUGCGUUGAGCGAAUAGUAUCCAUCUUGGGAUUACACGUUUUACCAUUUAGUCGUUAAUUUAAGAUAGUUAUACAAUUUUUUUAAUAUUUAAGUCAAUUUUAUGUGUUCAUGAGUUUAAAAAGAUAGUCAUAAUAAUAUGUUAUCAUCAAAAUUUGUUUACGCAAACAAAUUAUUUUUGCAAUGUAGUAAGCAAGUUCAA